GCUCGGCCGAAUCGUCUGUCGCCACCCGGACACCAGUGCCCACCUUGUCGUCCCCGUCCCCGGAGCUGCCUGUCUCGCCGGGGCAGGUGGCCGAGCUAUCGGGCAAAAACCUGUGGGAGCAGAUCUGCGAGGAGUACCAAGCUGAGCUGCCUCCCUUUCCAAAAGGAUAUGAAGUCAAACAAGAGCCUGAAAUUACUGCCCCCAGCCAAUUGGAUCCUGACCAUCCACACUGGGGAUUACCUCCCCGCUCAGUCCUCCACUCGGCCACUGAUCUCCAGAAACACCCUCACAGACACGCCCAGAAAUAAUGCUUCACCAGCUGUGUCAGUCCAGUCGGCAUGGAAAACUAAACAUGUUUCGCCCCUGGAGGAAACGGUUUCCCAAGGCUUCAACAUAGAGCACUAUUUCCUACCCCCGCCUUUCACCAGGGUCUCACAUAUACCCUGUCCUCUAAAGAUCUCAGAAACUGUUGAUCCAAAAACAUGUUCCCCCAGAAAAUAUUUGGAAACCUACAUCUUUCCAAUCCUGCUUCCUGGGAUGACUAGCCUCCUUCACCAGGCAAAGAAGGAAAAGUGUUUGGAGAGGAAAAGAACCAAAUUCAUUGCCUGUGAUUUUCUUACUGAGUGGUUGUACAACCAAAAUCCAAAGAGGACAGGGGAACCGUUCACAGAAUUCUUCUCUAUUCCAUUUGUGGAUGAAUGGCUUAAAGAUCACCCGCGACCACCAAUCCCACUGUCCCUCCUGCUGACUGACGUGGACGCUGCGAUCGCCAUUCAGUCCUUCUGGAGAGCCUAUCUGGUUCGCUGUGAUCCUGAGGUUCAAGAACUGCGUACCUGGCAGAAGAAGCUACGGGAGGACAAGUACAUUCGCCAUCGAGUGAGAAUAUUCUGGAUGAAACAGGAGCGCAAAGUGAAGUGCACCAUGGAGGAGUACCAGGAGCCAGCCCACCAGACUCCAGCACCAUGAUCAUCACCCGAAUCUCUUCCCUCCAGCGCAAUUACCCCGGGCAAGGAAAAUGUCCAAAUUGUGCUUUCUCUCUUGUGAUUUCUUUAAUGACAAGACUCAGUACAUGUGAAAACAGAAUCUUUUCUGCACAAAAUAGGAUUUGUCACAAACAUGCUUAGUGCAAAUACUUUAGAAAAAUACCUGUCUUAACUUUCUGCAUUAUCCCAAAAUUCAUUCUUUCUUCUAGAUGUUUCUUCAGUGCUUCAGGAGCAUACUAUGCCAACUGCUAGCAAAACAUAUGAUGGAAAUCUAGUCCCAAGAGAAGUUGAAGUGCUGUUGUUCCACUUUUGCAAAAUUCCAUAUAUAGGUCUCAAAUCUCUGAAUUUCUUUUGUGGUUGUUGUUUGGUUUUGCAGUUCUGGGGCUCAAAACCAGACUCUUGGACAUGCUGGGCAAGUGCUCUGCUACUCGGCUACAUCCCCAGGCCCGAGAUGAGAGACUGAAACUCAGACAACAAUCACAAAGGAUUUUUUGUUGUUGAGUUUCCCAAGUAUUAUAGAAAGUUCCAGCUUCUCUGGGUAAAUUAAUUAACUUAUUGCCCUUAUUUGUUCUGUGGUUUGCUGUUAACCAGGAUUCUCUCAUUCAAAAUGGCACAGUCUCAGACGAAAGCCCGCUCUUGGAAUUGAGUUGUUUUGAUAAGCUCCCACACAUCUUAAGUAAAUAGUAAAGCCUUUAUUUUUGUGUUAAGAACAGCAUUUUGAAAAUAAAACCUAUCUGCCCAUGCUUAACAACCUUUUAAAUUUGUAAUAUUUAUAUACAGUCAUGUAUGGUACACAUUGAUUGUCUUAAAAUUUCUUGAAUAUUUUUUUUUAUAAGUAAGCAAGUCAGCCAGGGGAAGAUAAAGGUACAUUAUAAAACACACAUUAAUACAUUUAAUAAAUAUAUAUUAUCUAUCAAAAAUGAGCCUUAGCUCUUUAAUCAAUUAAUAAAAAGCACCUGCUGAG